CAUUAUAAAAGCGGUGGAGUAGGACAGAUGGUGAGAUGGUUUCAAAAAUGGGUGCAGCUGCAGCUCCUGAGAAUAAUGUAAAGGGGAGGAGGAAGUCAUCCUCGAGGGGUCACCACAGAUUCGUUGGGGUUAGGCAAAGGCCAUCUGGGAGAUGGGUUGCAGAGAUCAAAGACUCUCUGCAAAAGGUCAGGCUGUGGUUAGGAACAUUUGACACUGCAGAGGAAGCAGCAAGAGCCUAUGAUGAUGCUGCCAGGGCCUUACGUGGUGUUAAUGCACGCACCAACUUCCAAUUGCCUCAAUCUGAAUCUAACUCCUGUCCUUCUAAUCGUGUCUUGGCUGAUAUUAUAGAGCCUUUCUCAUUUGAGGAAGUUUGUGGGCCCGCCACCGAAGCUGAUGGUCUUCUUGGUGCGCUUAGGGCCAAGCUAUUUGAAGGCAAAGGACCUGAUUCUUCUUCUAGGCUGCAACCUCAACCUAAUACUUUUGCUAACAGUUCAUCAACCUCUCAUAAUAAUAAAUCAGCACCAGCCUCAGGUGUUCCUCGUGAGGUUGGAGUUGUUAAUGUUAAUAAUUCAGGGCCUGUAGGUAACGACUCUGACGACUUAAUUCUCAUGGACCAUGAUCACGGUCAGGAUGAGGUGGCAGCAGCAGCUCAUGUUGGUGUUCAGUGGCAUCAUCCGGGACCAGGACAGACUGCAUCAAGUGGCAACAUGGCGUGGUCUAGUGAGCCGGCUGCAUAUCAAGUAACUUGGGCCACACAGAUGAACCAUGUCCCUGAGAAUGGUUUUUAUACCACAACAAAUGCUACAUCUGCAUGGCCAAAUUCUGGGGCAACUGAAGCAACAGCAAUCGAUUUUGAUCACUACCCAAGACAACUGUCAACAACUAAUGCAGUGAGAAUGCCACCAAUCAUUCAAUUCAAUGGAGCACCGGAAGGUGUUUGGUCAUCAGAGCCACAAUUUGUGCACUGUGAAAAUAAGGCCGGUUGGGGUGGUGCUAACAGUAACAACUCUUGGGAUUCUCUCCUCUAUAUGUCCUCUGUGCUAGGGUGACAUACCACACCAUGAUUGCGUUUACGUAAUUCUUUAUUUAAUUAAGUAAGCGUCGUAUCAUGUACUUGCCAUUUACAUAUAUAUAAUACGGACUCUUAAGCUUUUGGUUC